GACGAAGAUGAGAUUACCCCCAAGCUUCUAAGAAAAACAGGAGCUAAACACGCCUCGAUGGUUCAUGCUGGUCCAAAUCCAACCCCUCAACAUCUCGACAAUCUUUCAGAAAUCGCAUUAAGACAUAAAAUUAACCGUCUUGAUGCAGGGAAAAAUUAUGCUUUAGGUGAUCCCAAAUCGAAGGAGCCUAUAUCUGAUUCCGAUUCUAAACCUGAGGCAAGUAACAGUUCAAAACUCCAAACACAGGCAUCUUCGCCUGCACCUCAGCCCGAUCCAAAAAAGUCUCAGAUUAUGAAAAUGAAUUCAAUGUUAGCUGAAAUUAAUGCAAUGUUAGCUGAAAUUCGAAAAUAA